AUGCAGAGGAUUAUAAUUGACAUAAAUACUGUAUUCAUUAAUAUCUUGGAACUUGUAAAUGGUCUCAAAAUGUAGGUUAUGGAUUCAUUAGAUCUAUCUGUUCUAAAUGAAAAGACCAUUUUUAAGGAGAUAUAAUAAAUUAAAUAAGAUCUUAGCAGUUACAUAUAGCACUAUGAGCAAGAAGCUUCUAGACAACAGAAUUAUGCUUAGAUAGAUAAGUAUGUAUACCUCAAGAAUCUAAGAUAACUUAAAAUUCCCUAAUUAAAGAUAGAUGAAUUUCUUAAUUCCUUUGAGUAAAAGCUCACUCAUUUUGAACAUUUCAAGACUUCUAUCAAGUCCAAGAAUAUUAAAUAAGAAGCCGUGGAUAAAUUACUAAAAAAGAUUUAAAAGAAAUUAAAACCUUAUUUGCUGACCAGUAAAAAGUCUGUGCAUCUCUAAUCUACUUUCCUCGAGCAAACUUUAAGAAGAGACCUAGAGAGAUCUGCAAGUAAUUCUUAAUCAAGAGUUAGCAAAAUUAAUCAAGUCUAUGUUGACAGAGGGUCAAUGUCUAUUACCAAUAAAUUAGCAAAGUCCUUUUUCAAUAACACAUAAUUGAUAAAGACCUAAGUUAAUGAUAGCAAUCCAAAUUUAAAUAAUUCUUCAAGCAAUAAAAGAUUUUCUUCAACAGCAAAUAAGGCAAAUAUUAAGUCACAAAAAAUGGUAAAUGAUGGAAGCUUUAGUCAAAACUCUCCCUAAAACAUUAGAUCUAUCAUAAACAAUCUAAAUGGGAAAAGUGAUUCAAAACAAAGGAACAAGUCAAUUAGGAAUAGCCAAACUUCAAUAAUUAAAACAUCUGCAGAUCAGCCCUUAAUUAGUCAAAAUUCAUUAUCCUAUAAGAGGAAUCAGUAUGAAAGGAGAAAAAUCUCUAGUCAAUCAAAUUUGUAGUUAAAUCACUAUUUAAAUUCUCAUCACUCUAAAAAGCAUAGUGGUCGUCAAAUCAAAGACCCUCUUCUCUAAACAUUAUUGAAAGAUAAAAAGUCUUCAUCUAAUUAGCUGCUAAUGAAUUAUUAAAGGUUAAAAGAAUAAGUACAAAGUGAUGGCCGACAUAAUAUUAACAAACAUAAAAAAAACUUAUCAAAUAUUAAUAGCGCGACUUUCGAUGUUAAAACAAAAGUCAAUGAUAUUAUCGAGGACGUAGCUGACGAAGAAUCUGAUAUACUACCUGCUUAAGCUCUUAACAGCUCCAUUAAGAAGAGAAUGAUUGAUUUGGAUCAAAAUACUAAUGAUAAACUUUCUUCAUAGUCUCCUGAUAAAGUAAAGCUAUCUAAGUCUACGACUCAUAGCAAGCUUUUACAAUCUUUCUCUCCGAGGAGAAGAUGGUUUGAGAAUCAAGUUUCCAGUCCUGUAAGAGAUGCUGGUCUAACUUCUACUUUGAGUAAUCAUACUAAAAAUUAGAAGAAUACUAAAAGCAAAAAUAAUUACACUAGCCUCUUAUCUGUCAAGAGUUGCUAGAAAACUAAAAAAAUAGAAAACGAUGUUUAAUUUAACUCUGCUGAAGACAAUUAUGUGAGCUAAUUUGAAGAGGGCAUAAAAGUCGGAGAGUAAAGUAAAUUGAGCAUACUUCUUCCUUCAAAUUCAGAGUAAAAGAGGACUUUCGCCUAACUUAAUUAGCUCAGACAAAACAAGUCAAAUUUUUCCAUUAAGCUCUAUGAUAGCCCCAUUAAUUAUUAAAAAGAACCAUCUGUAUUAAUCUAUCAGGAAUUCAAUUUUCUGUCAUUACAAGGAUAGAGUGAAGCAAAUUAAAUCUAUUCAAGGUAAAUACUGCAUAAUAAACACAUUUUCGAGCAGAAAAAGUAAAAACUUAGAGUAAUGAAUGUGAAGAACUUAUAUUAAUUGGUGCAAGAUUCUAUGAAUUAAAGAAUGAAUGUACUUCUAACAAUAAACGGGGCUUAUCUCGAGUUCAUUUCAAUAUUAAACAGUAAUGGCUUCAUAGAUUUUGAUAGUCGUACUGCUCUAAGUAUUUAGCUAGAUAAAUUGACUCAUUAGUUCUCGAAAGCUCUUGUUGACAAGAAGUUUUACAUCUCUGGAGGUUAUUACCAAAAUGGAAAACCUUCAAAAGAGAAUUUAAUGUACGAUUUGAAUUAUUUAGAUUAAGAUGAUUAAAACCCAAAGAAAAAUUAUCUAGCAUAAUUUGAAACUGGUCUAAUGUGUCAUCAACUACUGAUAGAUCCAAUUAAUCUAGAUAUUUAUGCUAUUGGUGGUUAAUCUAUUUCCUAUCAAGGUAGCAAUGAAAGUUAGAUAGUUUCAGAUAAAUUGCUAAGACUGAAAUUCAAUGCAUAAAAAAGAAUUUAUGAAGAUAAAUGGGCAUUAGUAGGUUAGCUUUAAUAAAAAAGAAAAUCAUUUUGUGCUUUAUUACUUAGCAAUGAAGGAAAGAUUAUUAUUUCUGGAGGAAAUGAUGGGCAAAAAGUUUUGGAAUCGAUUGAAAUAUAUGAUAUUAAGCAAAAUUAUAGUAGUUUGAUUUGCAAUAUGAAUGAGCCAAGAUAAAACUUUGGCUGUAUGUAUGAUUAAAAUAACAACACAAUUAUGAUUAUGGGAGGCUAGAAAAUGAUGAGAGAUAGAAAUAAUCAGCAAAAACUGAUAAAUGUUAAAUCUAUCGAGCUAUUUGAUUUAAGAUAGAGCAAGUGUUCAAUUAUUGGCUAUAUUUAAGAUGAAGAUAACAUUUCAUAGAUAUUACAAUUAUGA